CUGCAGAGAUGGAGGCAGCUAGCACCUGGGCACUGCUGCUAGCGCUGCUGCUGCUGUUGCUGCUGGCGCUGGGACUGCCCAGGACCCCGGCUGGAGGCCACCUGCCCCCGGGGCCCACCCCGCUGCCGCUGCUGGGGAACCUCCUGCAGCUGCGUCCCGGGGCGCUGUACUCCGGGCUCUUGCGGCUGAGUAAGAAGUAUGGGCCUGUGUUUACCAUACACCUGGGGCCCUGGCGCCGUGUGGUGGUCCUGGUUGGGCAUGAUGCUGUACGAGAGGCCUUGGGAGGUCAGGCUGAGGAAUUCAGCGGGCGGGGAACGUUGGCAACGCUGGACAAGACUUUUGGUGGUCAUGGGGUUUUCUUUGCCAAUGGGGAGCGGUGGAAACAGCUGAGGAAAUUCACCCUGCUCGCUCUACGGGACCUGGGCAUGGGCAAGCGAGAAGGCGAGGAGCUGAUCCAAGCAGAGGUGCAGAAUCUGGUGGAGGCAUUCCAGAAGACAGAAGGAUGUCCGUUCAACCCUUCUAUGCUGCUGGCCCAGGCCACCUCUAAUGUCGUCUGUUCCCUCCUCUUUGGCGUCCGUUUGCCCUACGAAGAUAAAGAGUUCCAGGCUGUGAUCCAGGCAGCAAGUGGUACCUUGUUGGGGAUCAGCUCCCCGUGGGGCCAGGCCUACGAGAUGUUCUCCUGGCUGCUUCAGCCCUUGCCAGGCCCGCACACGCAGCUCCAGCACCACUUGGGUACCCUGGCUGCCUUCGUUGUCCAGCAGGUACAGCGGCACCAGGAAAGCGUCCACACUUCAGGUCCUGCACGUGACGUCGUCGAUGCUUUCCUGCUGAAGAUGGCACAGGAGAAACAAGACCCAGGCACAGAAUUCACUGAGAAGAACUUGCUGAUGACAGUCACCUAUCUGCUGUUCGCUGGGACGAUGACCAUCGGUGCCACCAUCUGCUAUACCCUCCUGCUCCUGAUGAGAUACCCGCAAGUGCAACAGCGAGUUCGGGAGGAGUUGAUCCAGGAGCUGGGUCCCGGCAAGGCUCCGAGUCUGAGCGAUCGCGUACGCCUCCCUUACACGGAUGCAGUUCUACAUGAGGCUCAGAGGCUGCUGGCACUGGUGCCCAUGGGAAUGCCCCACACCCUCACAAGGACCACUCGCUUCCGAGGAUACACUCUGCCCCAGGGCACUGAGGUCUUCCCCCUGAUCGGCUCUGUACUGCAUGACCCUGAGGUUUUCCAGAACCCCGAAGAGUUCCACCCAGACCGCUUCCUGGACACUGAUGGCCGGUUGAGGAAACAUGAAGCCUUCCUGCCCUUCUCCUUAGGUAAGCGGGUCUGCCUAGGAGAAGGCCUGGCUCGAGCAGAGCUAUGGCUUUUCUUCACCGCCAUCCUGCAAGCCUUCUCCCUGGAUACGCCAUGCCCACCGGAUGACUUGAGUCUGCAGCCAGCUGUCAGUGGACUUUUCAACAUCCCUCCAGACUUCCAGCUCCAGGUCUGGCCCACUGGCGACCAGUCCAGAUGAAGGAAGGGGUGGGAGCCACCUGGGAUGAUAGCCUCAAGGGGGUGUGUGAACCAGGUGUCUCAGAAGCUACACCAUACCACACAUCAUGUAUCCAGGCAGCUGCCAUGACCCAGGACCACAUUCCCCUACACAACUACAAGGCAACUGAUGUGUAUGCUUUUUUUUUUUUU